AUGAUGGCCGAGGUAGAGUUGACGGAGCAGGAGUCCGUGCUUGUCACGCUAGCAUGGGAAAGUACCUCGCUCACCUCGGAGGACAAACAUGGCCAUCACAUAAUCAUGUCGCUCCUUGGACUGCCCGCAGAGCUUCGAAAUGCGAUCUACCAGUACCUGGACGAGCUUCAGCCUGGACGGCAUGAGACUGUGGCUCCCAAUGUGAAGCUCACCCCACGCAUCUGCCGAGCAAGUCGAUGGCUAAGACAAGAGACAUUACCUCUAUAUGGUGAUGAAGACUGCUACCCUGAAGGCGAUCGCAUCUCGCUAUGGCUAGAGACGCUGGGUGAUGCCAUCAAACAUGUCUGCAGCUUCCAGAUCAGCCGCCACUGGAACAUCAGCCAGCCAACUCGAUAUCAAGGCCAUGUAGGCUUCUAUCUACGAUUGGAAUUGAUCGGCCAUGUGUGGCAGCUGAGAGGCGGCACUUAUCCUGUGGUGAAAGACAGAAGUGGAAUGCGUAUGGAGAGCGUUGAGCUGCUGCAGUAUGCUGUUCGCGAGAAUGUGCUUGGAUUUCUGAACGGUCGGGAAAGGCAACAGCUUCAUCAACUUGAUAUUCGGUAUAUCGCUGCCGCUAUGGAGAUAGUGGCUUUGCACCCAGUCUCCACAUUUGAUCUCCAGCAAAGCGAGGCGGGACGGCAAGGUCGCAGGCGCAUCUGGUCUAACAUGGAGGAAGCCUUGAUGGCCCUUCGGUCACACGAAGCUACUGACGUCGAGGCUGUUACGAGACCGCAAUUCUUUACGCCCUACUGA